CGUUUCGCUAUCUGACCUUUUCGCCCUCGACAGUCGUUUCGCUCCCAGGGACUUUUUGUUGGUUAUGACUUUUUGACACCCACUUUCCCAGUUUUCCCGAUAGUGGCGCCACUGUCUAAUCGUGACCCACGGGUGGUGCUGAUUGACACGAGACAGACUACGGGGAACCUGUUGUCCAGUUGAAGGCAUACCCGUUUCCAACGGGCGAGAGACCCAGAAGUUGUGACAGGGACAGAUCACAAACAAAUUGACGAAUGAACCUGUCCUUUAAAUGAUACAUACAGGACAUCUCGAAACAAGAUCAUUUUAGAUCAUUUAAUUUAGACAUGAUUUAACAAGCACGCGGCCGAUGUCCAAAGCUUACAAGUACAUGUACAUGUAUAACAACUAUGUAACCUUGCAGAUAACCUAUAUACCUUGUAACGGACCACCAGAUCUAGACAAAACAGCUAUAUGUAGGCUAUUAUAUAUCAUGCGGAUAGAAUAUACUUAAUGUAGUAGGUACAUGUAUUGAAAGACAUCGUCCCAUUGCUCUUAACCCGUGAGGAAAUUCCCGGGGAACUUCGUUUACCAUCAUCCAUUCACACCAUGAAGAUCUGUGUCUGUGGAGCAACCGGGCCGAGUGGGCAGAGACUGGUGCAGCAAGCCCUAGACGCUGGACAUCAGGUGAUAGCCUUGGUCCGGACGCCUGAGAAAGUAGAGGCAAAACAUGACAACCUCAAGGUUGAAAAGGUUGACGUAUGCAAUGUUGAAGACCUGGUUCCCCAUUUCACUGGAAGUGACGCAAUAAUGUCCUGUCUCGGUCACGCGAUAUCGUUCUUUACCGCGCAGACGUUUUAUUCAGAAUCUUGUAAAGCCAUCGUUGAAGCGAUGAGAAAAGCGGAUGUGAAACGUUUAGUGGCUAUAACGUCAUGGUGUACGGUCUACAAACCAGAGCACCCCAAGUUCAUUGAGUGGUUCCUGAAGCCGGUGUUCAUUGGGCGGAACCUGGCCGACAUGGCCCGGAUGGAGACCUACCUCCAGAAUGAAUGCUCCGACAUCACGUGGACAUGCGUCAAGCCACCGGGGCUCACAAACGAUCCUAUCACUGAUAAAGCGAUAGAAGCAGUGGAGGGCCAGUUUAUCCCCGACACACGAGGGCGCAUGGCGAGGGCGGACGUGGCGAGGUUUAUGUUGUCAAUCGUCGGCUAUGAGAAAUGGUACAAGAAACUCGUAGCCAUCGUGACAGCUCAGAAAGACUGCUGACUUGGAGGCUGUUGUGUUGUAACUACUGAUUGACACAGACAUUGCGCCACUUUGGGGCUAAAACGAUUAAGAUCCAAUGCGAUUAAAGUCAGAAGGCAAAGAAAUCGUCUUCCGCAAUAGCAUAGACAAAGAUUGACAGAAUUCUUAUUUGUUGUCCGGCAGUAUUCAAUAUAUAUAUAGAUGAUUUUCAAUAAAGCUGAACA